CUGCGCAGGCCGGUCAGUUUGCCAAACGCAUUCGUUGCGGAUUAUUGUGUAAAAGGCGACCGACUUUCUCGUUAUUUUACCAAAAUAUUUGCUUCGCAGAGUGUUUUCAAUUACUACAUCGAUACCCCGUGGCACAGAUACAACAUUUGCUACAUUUCCAAACCUGGAUUCGAAGUUGUGAGCCCAUAAACAAGUCCGCAGUCCAAUCGCGUUUGUUGAUUCAAUCAUGGCGGAGGACUUCGACGUUGAGGCGAUGCUCGAAGCGCCCUACAGAAAAGACGACGAGUACUCUGGGUCAAAGGGCAAGGAAAAUGGAGGAAGUGAUUCAAAUAGUAAGAAAUCAACCGAGAGGAGAAGAAGUCGUAGUAAAUCAAAGGAUAAAGAACGUGAUAGAAGACGCAGUCGUUCGCGUGAAAGGCGACGCUCGAAGGACAAGAAACGCAGUCGCUCUCGCGAUCGUCGCCGCUCAAAGGAUAGAAAACGCUCACGAUCGCGCGACAAUCGUCGUUCCAAGUCGCGUGAUCGUGACCGCGAUCGCAAACCGCCGAAAAGCGGUCGAGAUGGCCGCGAUCGUAGGAAGUCGCGGUCGCCGGUGCAUCGCAAACGCUCACCAUCACCACCGUCAAUUAAGUACCCAUUUCCGAAGAAGCGUCAUUCUCCCAUCGGACUGGGGUAUCAACGUUCAGGCUCACCUAAUGAAGAGUUGAGUCCAGAGGAACGCGAUGCGCGUACUGUUUUUGUCAUGCAGUUGAGCCAGCGGAUUCGCACUAGAGACCUGGAGGAUUUCUUCAGUGCCGUUGGUAAAGUACGUGAUGUCCGGAUGAUUACCUGCAACAAGACACGGCGAUUCAAGGGGAUUGCCUAUAUUGAAUUUCGAGAUCCAGAAAGUGUAACUUUGGCUUUAGGUUUGUCCGGUCAGAAACUGCUGGGAGUUCCUAUAAUUGUUCAACACACUCAGGCCGAAAAGAAUCGAAUGGGUAACGCCAUGCCUAACUUAAUGCCAAAAGGAAUGACAGGCCCGAUGCGUUUGUACGUCGGAUCCUUGCACUUCAAUAUCACCGAAGACAUGCUGCGUGGAAUAUUCGAACCGUUUGGUAAGAUUGAUAAUAUUCAACUGAUUAUGGACCCUGAAACAGGUCGGUCGAAGGGAUAUGGCUUUAUCACAUUCCAUAACUGCGAUGACGCGAAGAAAGCGCUCGAACAACUCAAUGGGUUCGAACUGGCUGGUCGACCAAUGAAAGUGGGCAAUGUUACCGAACGUCUUGAUUUACAACAACAAGGUCCGUCACUUUUGGAUUCUGAUGAACUGGAUCGGUCUGGAAUAGAUCUCGGAGCGACUGGUAGAUUGCAACUUAUGUUCAAAUUGGCCGAAGGCGCCGGAAUGCAAAUACCAGCACCUGCUGCAAAUGCACUCAGCAUGGCAACGGGUCAACCUGUGGUACCACAAGUUCAACAAACCACCACACCACCAAUUGCAACACAAUGUUUCAUGCUGAGCAACAUGUUUGAUCCAACCAGCGAGUCAAAUAGCAAUUGGGACGUGGAGAUCCGCGACGAUGUCAUUGAAGAAUGUAACAAACACGGUGGUGUGUUGCAUGUUUACGUCGACAAGGGUUCACCACAAGGCAACGUCUAUGUCAAAUGUCCAUCCAUUGCCACCGCCGUGGCUUCAGUCAAUUCACUGCACGGUAGAUGGUUUGCUGGCCGGGUGAUCACCGCUGCGUACGUCCCGCUCAUCAAUUACCAUUCGCUGUUUCCGGACGCCAUGACAGCCGCGCAAUUGUUAUUGCCUACCAGGAAGUGAGCGCAAAGUUAAAUAAUAAUACAAAUAAGUACAACGCGGAAACGCUAGGAGGCGUGCAGGCAUUAUUCGACGAUAUUGUGAAUAUUAGUAUGUACUAUAAUUAAUUUACCUUAACAUUUAGUUGAUAAAUACUGAAUCAUAUUGUGUAGUCGCCAAUGGAAUAAUUACUGUUUAGUUAACAAAAUUUCCAGAUGUUUAUGAAUGAUUGUUUCAAUUUGUUUAUUUGAGAGAAAUAUUUAUGCAUAUGAUUAUGACGAUUUACGGAUAGGUGGUUAAUCUGUAUAAAGUAAAGAAUUUUGAUAUGUAAA